AUGGAUAGUUCACAUGUGGCUCUUUCUGCCGUGGAACUUCGAGCUGAUGGAUUUGAAGAAUACCGUUGCGAUCGCCCCAUGAGUAUCGGCAUGGCAAUCACGAGUCUCACAAAAGUGCUACGCAGUGCCAACAACAACGAUAUCUUGAAUAUGCGCAAGUCCGACAAUGCGGAUAGCCUGCAUCUUGUAUUUGAAGGCACGAGCUCCGAUCGGAUUGGUGAAUUCGACCUCAAGCUCAUGGACAUUGACACUGAGCAUCUUGGUAUUCCUGACACUGAAUAUGACGCUGUUGUCAAAUUAUCGUCAAAUGAGUUUGCACGUAUCUGCCGCGACCUUUCGAAUGUCGGCGAGAGUGUAAAAAUCACCAUCACCAAAGAGGGCGUCACGUUUUCGACGGAAGGCGAAAUUGGCGACGCCCGUAUGACGUUGAAGCAAGGGUCGGGCUCGAACGCCCGUCUGGAGGAUGAUGAUGACAUGGAUCCAUUGGAUGACGAAGACGGCGAUCGGAUGAGCAAGAAACGCAAGAUGUCUGGCGCUGGUAGCUCAUCAGGAACAGGCGCCAUGGUGCCGGUCGAAAUUCAGCUCGAAAAGGCCGUGGCGCUCACCUUUAGUGUCCAGUACCUCGUUAACUUUACAAAAGCUGCUCCUCUUGCCUCAGCUGUUACUCUUCAUAUGGCUGACAAAGUUCCUCUUUUGGUGGAAUUUGCCUUUGAGAACGGCCAUGUGCGGUACUACUUGGCUCCUAAACUCGCUGAGGUAUGUCAUGCUCCUCGCGUAUGUCGCUGA